UCAAUUGAGCACAUAACAUUAAAUUUUAACUUUUCUGUUUCAUUGUCCUUGGAUCGGAAUGACUCGAAACAAAAGUAAUUGUUAUGCUGGCUAUGCUCGGCUCGAUUGGAAUGACGAUGAUCAUUCUGGCUUGUGCUCUUCCGUCAUACAAAGUCUGGUGGCCCUUCUUUGUAGUACUGUUUUAUCUGAUCUGUCCCAUCCCAACGUUAAUUGCCAAACGGAACCAGUCCGACGAUGAAAAUUCACGGAUCACCAAUUCCAUGUUCGCCACCAUUGGAAUCGUAAUCAGCAGCUUUGCGCUUCCGAUUGUACUGGCCCGGUCAAUGGUGAUUCACUGGGGAGCCUGCUACUUGACACUGGCUGGAAAUGUUAUUGCCUACAUUACCGUCCUCGGAUAUUUCUUUGGUUACGAUUCCACAGAUCCUUGGUAAACAUUCGACGUAAAUUACAGCAAGUGAAACCCAAAUAGAUUCUAAACUUAUACUUCACCGGAUCAGCCGAAACAUUAUUUGCAAUCUUGAGUUUUCCUCAUUUGUUCACCCAAUGGAAAGUAAGCUUUGAUACAGAAAUAGUAUCUCGAAAAUCGGUAGAAUUACUGGGAAUAAAAAGUAUUUAUUAUUUUAGAGAUUACAAACCGUCAUUCAGAACUUUCAAAUGUUGAACAACAUUUCCAUUUUCAUAGGAUAUCGAUCAAUAAAAUGUGAUUUUUAUUCUACAUUCAGAAAUAACAAAAAAACGAAGCGCAUUGCAAUAUGAACGAAAGUAAAAGCUCAAUCGCGAGUUACCGUGAUCAAAUCCCUUUGUUUAAUUUUAUCUGGAAACGAAAUAUAAAUAUGUGUGUGC